AUGGCAUUGUCUGGGUUUGGUCUGAGCGUCAUCUGUGAACCGAUCACCCUUCUGGGUUUGAUAGAUGGAGGGACUGCUCUGAAGGACUCUACAGUGUUAUGCAUGAUAAACGGUUUAACAUCAGCCAUCUUCCCGCUGUUGACAACCCUACUCCUGACCCUCAUCUCCAUCGACCGCUAUCUUGCCAUCUGCAAACCCCACGCGGCAGCUCUCUCCCGCCGCCGACUCAAGAUCACCCUCGCUGUUAUAUGGCUGUUCAGCGUUCUGGUCGGCCUGCCUCCAUUGGUUGGUUGGUCCAAGUACGAAUACCACCAAGGAACGUUCCACUGUUCUCCAGACUGGACCGUUCUCAGUUACCGCCUGACCUGUAUAUUCCUUGGGCUGGCGGUACCGUCUUUAGCCAUCUUCUACUGCUACACGGCCAUCUUCAAGUUCGUGAGACGAAACCAUAGGAAGCUGAAGGCCUGGAGAGACAGGGGGACUGAAGCUCACGGUUCCGCGGCACUGCAGACGACUGUCGAGCCUUCCAAGAGACUUUCUCCUCCAAGAAGACUCCAGAAAGGCAAUGCCACGGCGCCUCUGGACGAGACGGGUGCUGUCACAGACAAUGCAACUGUUGGGUUACAUAAAAAUCACGACAUUGAAUGCCAGCUUAGCUCCUGCCAUUCACAAGAUGCAGAGCAAGUGGAUCUCGCAAGAGAUGAAGCCAAACAACAGCCAGGUACCACAACGGUUGAGCAACAAGACAUUGAUCUUUCCUCAAAUCUAAAUACAUGCACAGGCAAUGAAGCUGCAAGGAAAAGUGACACUAUCACUAAUUCACCUGUCUUGAGACAAGAAAACAAACCCCGUGAGACACAGGCGUUCCUCACAAUUGUGAAGAGCACCAGACACGGCAGUUUUGACCAAAUUCGCGGCGAGCCGUCGCAGCUGACAGUGGAGCAAUCAGAAUUCGUCACCGAGGGGUUCCCCAGUCGGACGAUCUUCACCACCCAAACAUCCCGAGACACCUUCCUCGUCCCAGGCAGACGUCGGAGGGUUUUGGACAACAUUGAAACGUCGCGGAAGAAAGACCGGAAAGACCGAGAAAACCACAAGAUACAAAGGAAGAUAGCUCUCUCUGCUGUUAUCUACAUUGGGAGUCAUUUCGCCUGCUGGGGCCCCUACGUCAUCAUCGUGGGAGGAGGCUACGACCUCCCGCUGUGGGUGCAGACCCUGGUCAUGUGGCUGGCCUACUCCAGCACCAUCGUCUGUCCCGUGGUCUACGCGCUCAACAACAGGAAGAUCCUGCAGGAGACCCUGGUCAUGUGGCUCGCCUACUCCAGCACCAUCGUCUGUCCCGUGGUCUACGCGCUCAACAACAGGAAGAUCCUGCAGGAGGUUCGGCGGGCCUGGCCGUGUGGAAAGACGUCAGGAUGA